AUGUACCCGUAUGAGCUCUCAAUAUAUAUCCGUGCAACAGACUUCAAUCGUACGAUCAUCAGUGCCAUGUCGAAUUUCAUCGGGAUGUAUUACAAUCGACCUCAAUCUGAGCUGGAUAAAGAUUACCCUGGCGAUCCAUGGCCAAAGAAAUUCAUUUCAGUGCCAGUUCAUACGGUCAAUCGAUUCACUGAUCAUGUAAGUACAAUGUCUGAUUUCGGUCACAUUCAAGACAAUUUGCAUUCGAGGCUGGUUCUGCUGCUAACUGCGAUAAGUCUCGUAGUCCCAGCUAUGGGUGAUCCAAACACGUAUUGUCCAAGACAAUUGGCGCUUAUGGACUUGGCAAUCAAGUCUCCGGAAGUACGAAAACUCGAGGAAAAGAAUAAGGCAUUCUUAGAAAAGGUAUCGAAAAUUUGUGGUAUGAAGAUUGGUUUGAUGAGCUUGGUGAUGCCGGUUGACUCGUGGUAUAUUGAGGUGAGCGAUGAUUUAAGUUGA